UUCCGGAAUAUUUCUCAGGCGCAUCUAUUCCACCCUCACUCUUCUCUUCUCUCUCUCCAUCUACCUCGGUGUCUGACACUAGCUUUGGUGUAGAGUAGGGGAUGGAAGAGUGGCAGCUCAGAGACAGACCUGCAAGUCUGUAAGACCCAAUCAAAGCAUCAGUUCUCAUUCAGACGAGAGCAGCAGCCCAACAGAAGCCCAUCUGAAAAGUUGUGGCCCCCUGCUGUGGGCGAGACUGGGAGACUGCAAGCGAGAAGGAAAGAAAGAAAGAGAGCUUCCCCCCACUUUGGAGAAGUCGGGAUUCGUGCCAAUCCGAGAUCAGCCACUCUUUCUGGCCAGGAAAAGAUGCAAUAAUUGCAGCCGGUGUUGGGCGUUGCUGCUCUUAAGUCCACAUACGCAUACGGCAAGCUGAGACAGAUAGAAGAGAGAGAGAUAAGGUGGGGGAGCUGAGAGAGCAUGGCCAUGCGGCGGCUGGUAGGGUGUUGAAGGAGAGCAAGGACGGGGACCCUUUAUACUUAUGCUCUCUGCUUGAGAAGCUGUGAUAUAUGAUGGCUUCUUUCUAGUUGUUUCUCUUUCUCUUUGAUCUCUUCCCCUUCUUAUUCUCUUCUAAAGACGAGUCUACGGAAGGGGAAGAUUUGAUGCGGAGAGGAUUUGCUUUCUUCGGGCUUUGGAAGCGCUCCUGAUGCUAAUAUAUAAAUAUACUCUAAAGGUUUUGACUUGCUUUGGAUAUCUGAGUACCGCUUCAUCCUUCGGCUCUCUCUGCUCCUCCAUCUCCGAUCCUGGUUUCUCACCGUGGGAUGUCAUCAUGCUCGUCGGAAAAGCCCUCCUCUUCUGCGUCUCUUGGAUAACAUAAGCGUGACUUGUGCUCUAUACAAUCGGAUCCAUUUCUUGACAUACGUAUAGGUCAUCUAAGAAGCAGAUUAGGUCAAGUUCUCUUCUGGGGCGGUAGAGGAUGGGUGAGUCGCAGCAUCACCAGCAAGCCUUGGGUUACACCAAUUUUUCCCCCACGGCCGACCCAGUACUGAUGCACAGCUUUCAACCAAGCCAGGAGCUCUACAGCUUGCAGGCGGGGAUGGAGAUGCUCGGAGUACCCUCCAAGCCCCAGCAGAACACCGACUCCUGGAGAGCCUUCUUCCCCGUGGCCGGCAGUUCGUCCAACGCAGCUUCCAGCUUCCCGCAAACGCUGAAUGAGAAUCUCAUGGUUACACCCGAGAGGGUGGGCGUGAGUCAAUGGCAUCCUCGGAAUCGGAUGCUCGUGGACGAAUCCUCGGCAAGGUUUCUAUUCCCAUCAUGCCAAGGGAAUGGGCAGUCCAGUAGCGGAUUGUCCUUGUCCUUAAACCAUGCUGAAACUUCCAACUCCGGCUACGAUCAGCCACCCUUCGAUCACCAUGGUUUAACCAGUUCUCGAGACACUCAGUUGCUUCAGAAACCUGCAGAUCAUCAUCUCCAAGAUGGCAGGUUCUUUCAGUCGUCGACUUCGCAGUCAGCUCUGAUCAAUCCCUACCAGCAAUCGCAGCAACCGCUGAAGAGCACCAAGUACUUGAUCCCAGCAAGAGAGCUGCUAAACGAGUUCUGCAGUCUGGAAACUGCAGUCAUCGGUUCAUCAAAGGACAAGGCCAGCAAAACUAAGCCGUGGGAGGAAGGAGGCACUUCUUCGUCCUCCAUCUCAUUCAACCAGUCUCUCUACUCUUUAGACAUUCAUGAGCUCCAGGGAAGGAAGGCCAAGUUGCUGUCCAUGCUAGAAGAGGUGGACAAGAGGUACCGAAGAUACCGAGAGCAAAUGAGAGCUGUGGUCUUAUCGUUCGAGGCGGUGGCGGGAGAAGGAGCGGCGACGGUGUACUCAGCUCUGGCAGCUAAGGUGAUGUCGAGGCACUUCAGGUGUCUGAGGGAUGGAAUCGUGGGACAGAUCGAUGCGAUAAAGAAGGCGAUGGGAGAGAAGGACGCAGUUGCACCGGGUACCUCGAGAGGCGAGACGCCGAGGCUCAAGCUCAUCGACCAGUGCAUUCGACAGCAGAGGGCGUUUCAGCAGGCCGGGAUGAUGGAGAGCCACCCCUGGCGGCCGCAGAGGGGCCUUCCUGAGCGCUCGGUGUCGAUUCUGCGUGCCUGGCUCUUCGAGCACUUCCUUCAUCCGUACCCUAGUGAUGUUGAUAAGCAUAUAUUAGCCCGGCAAACUGGACUCUCCAGGAGUCAGGUGUCCAAUUGGUUCAUAAACGCUAGGGUGAGGUUGUGGAAGCCAAUGGUGGAGGAGAUGUACUUGGAAGAGACGAAGGAGCAGGAGAACCAGACAUCGCAAGAAGAGAACUACAACAGCAGUGACAAUGUUAAUCGUAAUCUUAUCUAUAACUCUUGCCAGGUGGAUAAUGUGGAAGACCGGAAGCCAGCACCGGGGCAGCUCCUUACAGAACCCGACUCGCUCUCCUGGGUCAUCAGCAACUCCGACGGGAGAGAGCGUGCCGGAAGCAAGAGUUCUCAGAAUCCAAACGCCAGCGACAACUUUGGUGUGGUAGAUCUGGACUUCACCUCCUACAACCAGUGCAGCCGCCCGAGCUUCGGCAGCGGCGUGUCCCUAACGCUUGGCCUGCAGCAACACAACGGCGGAGGCAUGGGCCUGUCGUUCUCGCCGCCGGCGCCUCAGCCGUCUCUCCUCUUCUCCAGAGAACAGAUGGAGGAGUGCCACCCGAGCCAGCUCCCUAUCGUGGAUGCCGACGCGCAGAACAGUGCCUACAGGAACCUGGUGGGAGCUCAGUUGCUGCGGCACUUCGCGGGGUAGAAUGGUUCUUCGUGGAGGUCAAGGAUGAGGAUCCGACAUGGAAACGGUAGAUACGUAGUACAACCGUAGGUCGUCUUGUGCUGUUAAUUCUUGCGUCCUUGGUGAAUGGCGAGGAUAUCUGAAGGGUGCGUGCAUGGAUUGGGGUGGAUAUAUAAGCUGUCAAUUUUCUGGAGGGCUGCAGGAAUGUUAAUUUACUGUACGAUGUUGCCAUUUGAUACGGAUUUAAACUAGCUAGGAGUUUUAUUU